ACGUGAUUUGAAUUGAACACAUUAACUAAUAAGAAAGACCCUCACAAUUCAACAAGAGAAAAGAAAAAGACCCUACAAAGACCCUACACGGUUUAGACACGACAUGGUUUUCAAGAUAGAAAACUAAGAAUUGCAAUAUUUUCUCUCAUUUUAGUACUAACUCUCAUCAACAACUCUAUUCAAUUAUAUUCAAACUUUUAUAUAAAUAAGGCUCUUUCAUCAUUUGUUAUAUAUUUUAUUUGCUUACAUCACUCUUCUAUAUGUAACCAAUAUAAUAAGAGAAACUAUUUUCAUCACUACUUAGAAGGUUAUUCAACAACUCAAAUAGCUAUUAUAAUGGAUGAAAAGGUGGAAACUCUUGAAUUGGAGUUGCAACAAGUGAGAGAGGAGAACAAUAAUCUAAGAUUCAUGCUUGAAGUUAUGAGUAUUAAGUGCACAAAUUUAGAAUCACAUCUUCAAGAGAUUAACAAAGAAGGACACAAAGAGAUCAUAAACUCAAAUCAAAUAGGGUUAUUACCUAACUUUGAUACAAGCAAAAGAGCAAGAGUAGAGUACUUUCCAACAGCCAAAAAACCAAAACAAGUAUUUGUUAAAACUCAUCCUAAUGAUGAAAGUUUGAUAAUAAAAGAUGGCUAUCAAUGGAGAAAGUAUGGACAAAAAGUUACCAAAGAUAAUGCUUCUCCUAGAGCUUACUUUAGGUGCUCCAUGGCCCCUAGUUGUCCAGCCAAAAAGAAGGUGCAAAAAUGCUUACAUGAUAAGUCUAUCAUUGUGGCAACAUAUGAUGGAGAACACAACCAUGGUGUCUCUAAUGAGCCAUUCAAACCAUCUUCAUCCACCCUAAAUGACAGAGAAGCCAUAAACACUAGACUUUGUGAGGAUGUCAUGCAACAAUUUGGCUAUGGAAACAAAGUGAAAUUUGAAGAAUAUGCGAGUUCGCUAAUCCUAGAUCCUGACUUCACUGCAGUAUUAGCUAAAGCUGUUGCUAAAACUAUUGUGGAUCAACAGCAUAAGCGACAAGGUCUAAAUCUCAAUUUGAAUCUUUCACAAGAGUGAAAGGAAUGAUGUUUCUUCAUAUUUUAGAGUUCCGUCAGAAUGUAAAUACAAUCUAGGCAAAGAUUGUUUUGGUUAGGAUAUAGUUAUUGAAGAUAAAAUUUUAUUGAGUAAUAUGAUAGGCUUGUAACAUUGAAAGUGAGAAAGUUUUACUUGGUUUGCAUAA